CCUGUGUACGGUGCGUGUUUGCAUAAAUAAAGCUGUCCGCGUCCCAACACGAAGACGCGGUUGGAAAAACAUGCAAAUUGCGAAACAGCUGUUGGUAUGCGUACACAUCCGAUUUAGCGGCGAGUCCGGCAAGAUCAACAUUGCACAAAGUACAACAUGAUAGUCUCGUAUCGGAUGUUCGGUGUUUUGUUGACAUACGAGACGUUGUGCAACGACGUCGUGUGCUCGUGUCAGGAUCCACUUUGUGACAACCGACGAAGGUAAUGCGCGUCAAUUAGCAAGAACCAACAAGAGGCUAAAGACGCGUUAAAUUAGAAAGAAGAAGAAAGGAGACAAACGAAGAGGUCGAUCAGCCGGUAGAUAUGAAAGCCAUAGUGUCCAAGGUACGUUGGUUCCUGCGAAAGCGAAUCAAGUAUCUGCUGUUGAUCGUUUCUGCGAUUUUCGUGAUCAAUCAGCUUCAAUUGAGCACGAAGCUGAAUCGGCAGAAUGUGGGCAAACUGAUAAUCGGCUCGCUGCGAGACACUCAUCGCGUGAUCGUCGGCAAGAAGACAUCCAAGUGGAACCAGCCGCAACACUCGAAGCUCGUGCGCGACAAAAACGGCCGAACCGUGUCGUUGCGCGGCACGCGGGACCAAGAUAUCGUCAAGUAUCUUCCCAAUGUCAACGGGAAAUUCAUUUGUUUCUCCACGAAGAACGAGAUAGACUUUGUGAAAAUCAACGACGAUUACUGCGACUGUCCGGACGGCAGCGACGAACCAGGCACCAAUGCGUGCAACAACGGUAUCUUCUAUUGUGAAACGAGUUUUAAGAAAUCAGCAGUAAAAAUACCGUCCUACAAGGUCAAUGAUGGAUUCUGUGACUGUUGCGACGGUUCGGACGAAUGGGCCGAAGCCCUAGUGUUGUAUGAAGUCAAAGAAUCAGGAAGUGUAGUUUUUCACGGAAUUAAAUGUCCGAACAAAUGUUAAUGAGAACAGAAAGUUAUUAAUUAGAUUGAAACAAAGUGCUGUUAUUUUUUGUGUACAGACUUGUAUGUCAACAAAGACAGCAACAACCAAAUAUAAGUAAUAGGUAAGAAUUAUCUAAUCACACGUGUUUUUAGAAUUUUACGAAAAUUAUAACAAUUCGAGCGGUAGAGAAUGUUUUAGAACGCGCGCGAAACAAAGUUUGCAAAGUUAAAAUCACACUUAUCAUAUGUAAAAAUUCAAUUAACUAUUUUAUUAGAAGAAAAUUAAUUUUUUAACACUCUGUUAUAUCAGUUCAAGUUUUUUCUCUAUUUUAUUUUUUGCAUAUAAAUAUUUCUAAGCAAACAGUUGUAUGGAGAUAGUAUAACAGACAUUUUUUUUUAAACCGGCGUACGCACAUAGUAUAUUAUUUAUCAAAAAUACCUUGAAGAGUAACAGUGAGUAUGUAAUACAGUUAUAUGCGAGAAGACAGAAUUCUUCGCAUGUACAUAACGAGAUUUCUUUUAACGUUAUUUUAUUUAUAUAUUAGAUAGAUCUUUAAUUUUCUAUAAUAUAUAUUAGAUAGAUCCUUAAAAUUUUCUAUAAUAUAUAUCAAAUUUAAUCUCAGUUGUUUGCUUUAGAAUAUGUUGCUACUAAAUGCGAUAUUAAUAGAAACUACAAAAAUAAAAAGAAUAUUGAAAUAAGAAUUUCUAUGAAAAUAUAGUAUAAAUAUAUAUAGUAAUAUUUUUAUGCGUAAUACUGUACAUAACACAUCACAUUUUACUUAAUAACUGGUUGCUACUUAUUAACUAGAUUAAGAGUAUUUAUAGUUGGAACAAAAUAGUCUCGCGAUGUAAGAGCACCGAAUAUAAGUCAAUGUUUCUCAUAACGUAAUUUCCUUAACACUAGCGUAGAGCAGUCUUCCUUCACAUUAGAAUCCAAGCAGAGAGCGUGUUGCAAUUGUGCAUACGACGAUAAUUAUCUAGUUAUUUAUAUCGCGAGACUAUACAUACGUACACAAAUUGCGGAAAUAUUCGAUUACACAACCUCUAAGUAAAUUAUUUUGUAUAAUUUAUAUAAAAUACACUCUUCUCAAUUAAAUAAAAAUGUUACGAUCUGUUGCUCAAUAUAUCAAUUUCAAGAUCAA